AUGCUCCUGGUGACACUGCUCUUUGUCGUGCUGGCAGAAACGCGCGCGCGGAACUUCAACAUCACAGACCUCAUCGUACCUGAAGUAGUGCCUCCCGGACAAGCCGAAGUGGAAAUUGAAUGCCGAUACGACGCGAACUUCACUCUAGUCAACUGGUUCAAAGGUCUCAACGAGUUCUUCAGAUACAAACCUGGCGCUGCCCCCAGUACCCGGUCUUUCCCUAUUGUCGGAGUCGGAAGAGUAGAACUUAUACAUUGUGGACCUACAGCUUGUAGGUUACGGCUCGGAGCUCUAACAGAACACGCGACAGGGUUCUACAAAUGUGAUAUUGAACGUGAUAUUCCACCGUAUAUGUACAACACGAGGUCGGCCUACAUGCAAGUGCAUGGUCAUCAACAGAGGCAGCCGAUAUUGGAGGGUUUAGCUGAAGAGUUUGCUGAAAAUCAAGAGAUGCAUGCGUAUUGCCGCGGUGCGCCUGAUGCGGAGAUUCGCUGGUAUAUAAAUGGUCGAGAAGACGAAACUAUGCGAGGGUCGCCUUCUUUGAAGAGGAAUGCUUCAAGACUAAUCUUUUCCGGAGUACCUCCUGUUGUGACGGUACAGUGUGCGGAACUGAGGUAUGGGAAGUUGACCGGCUCUAAGGAGAUGAAGGCCAAGUGGAAGGACCAUGGCACAAAAGACGAACGGCCACAGGAACAAAGGAAUGAAGCCGGAACUUUCGAAACUUGCGCUACAUUUGUGUUUCUUAGUGUUAUUUUAAUAAUAUAGAGAAAACUCCUGUGCAAUUUAACAAUGCCAAAUAUGUUCCUUUUCAUUUAUUAAGAUAAAUAGUAAUUUAAAAGUGUAUUUAAUUUAAUUGCUCGAGAUAAUAGGUGCA